AUGAAUAAUACAAAUGAUUUUCAUUCAUCUUCAUCAUCGAUAUCAAAUUUUGGAAUAAAUGACAUUGCAGAAUGUCAACCAAAUACAAACGAUAAUGAAAGAAUAGCAGUAAAUAAAAGACUAAAAUCAAAAAAUGUUACAUCAAUAACUAUUAAUGAGGCACAAUCAAUGAAAGGAUUUAAUAAGAACCAAAAAACAAAUGAUGUAAAAAAGAAACGUCUCAUACAUAGUGAUUCCAAUAAUAAUAAUAAUUCAACAAAAAAACUAAAACCAUAUUCACAUUCAAAUUUCGAAUAUAUUACAUCACCAUCAUCAAAUAUAAACGAAACUCAUAUUCAUCAUCAUCAUAUGAUUAAUAAUGAUUAUUGUAAUACGUGUGGUGAAUGUUUUGGUGAAAUGAUAUCAUGUAAUACAUGUUCGGCAACAUUUCACCUUCUUUGUAUUAAUCCACCAUUAUCAAAAGAAGAUAUUCCAAAAGAUUCUUAUUUUUGUGAAAAUUGUCGAACUAUAACAAAAACACAAGAAGAUGUAAUAAAUCAAAAUAAACAAAAAAAAAUUAUUUUACCAUUUUCAUUUAAUCCAAAAAAAACUUUACAUAUUAAUACUUCCAAAAGAAAUCAACACUAUCAUUCAAAAUUAGGAAAACUAAAAUUGCCAACAGCAUCAAAUGGUCGAUCUUUGUUACAACCAUCAGGCAAAAUAAAAUUUCGUGCAACAACUAAUAAUAAUGAUAAAAAUAAAUUUUUAUUAUUACCUUCAACGAAUCUCAAUCGAAACCGAAAUGAUUCAUCAUCAAUUAAUUCUCCUAUUCUAGAUUCAAUAAAAAUUCCUAAUACUCAUUUAGAAACAUUACAUUACUUUUUUCUUUCAUGUCAAUUAGAAGAAUUUCAUGGUCCAUCAUUAACAUUAAAUGAUUCAAUCUAUAAUUAUAAUCAAAAAAAUUCUUUAACAUCUGAAAAAUAUUGUUUUAUAUGUCGAAAAUCUUCUUUAAAACAAGGACCAUCAAUACAUUGUGAUUAUUGUUUAUUAACAUAUCAUUUAGAUUGUUUAACACCACCAAUGAUAUCAUUACCAUUACUAAAUGAAAAAUGGAUGUGUCCAAAUCAUAUCGAACCAAUAUUAGAUCGUUAUUUAACAAAGAAAAAAAAAUUUUCUAUUAGUGAACGAGUAAAAAUUUAUCAACAAUAUUCACAAAUUGAACAAAAUAUUAUUCUACAAGAAUUUACACAUAUAAAACAAACAAAAACUCAUUCUCAAUUAGAACGUAUUAAUAUAAGUCAAAUACCUAAAACUAUUGAAGAUUUUUAUUUGAAAGCAAAUACUAAACAACAAGACAUUUGUAAAUUUGAAAUUAAUAAUUCAAACGAGGAAAAAAUUGUACAGACUAGUCUCGUAUCCAAUCAAACUUCAUUUGCAUAUGAUCCAUGUGUAUGGGAAAUAUUACAAGCAAUACUUAAUCAUAUUGUUAAUAAUCAUAUUUAUGAAUUUUCAUCUAUAGACAAUUCAUUCAUUGAGAAUGAUCAUCUAACGAAAUCUUCAUCAGAAAAUGAAUGUAAUACUUUUAAUAGAAUUGAUACACUAUUACAAGUGUUGAAUGAACCUAAUGAUACAUUAGAACAAUGUACAAAAAAUAAAGCAAAUGGUUGCAAUGUUCUUAUUACUACUACUACUGAUGAAGAUUCAUUUGAACAAAAUCAAAUAUUAACAUCCUUAACAAAUACAUUGUUACAUUUAAUUGAUCUUUCACAAUUUCGUUUAUCUCAUGCUGCUCUUAUUCAUUUACAUUCACAAAAUGUUAUUUAUAUUCGAAAACACGUUAUUUGGUUUGGUUCAUCUCCAUUAAAUGAUAUAUGUUUGAAAAAUUUUAAUCAUUCUCAUACAUGUCAAUAUAUUUCUGAACGACAUGCUUGUUUAUAUUAUGAUCGAAAAAAUAAUUUAUUUGAAUUAUUAAAUUAUAGUGAAUAUGGAACAAUUGUUGACGAUCUUCGUUAUGGUUUAAAUAUCAUAGCUGAUAAUAAUAACAAUAAUAAUAAUAAACAAGAGAAUGAACAUUUAUCAAAAUGUUAUUGUUUAACUAAAUCAUAUUAUCAGUCAUCUUGGGAUGGACCUGCUCAAAUCGAACAAGGAACAGUAAUCAAAAUUGGCUGUCAUGAAUUUCUUUUUUACCGGCAUAUUGUCCGAUAG